AUGGAGGACCAGCUGGUUUCCCUGCUGGCCAACACCCAGAGCUCCGAACAGGGCCCCCGCCAGCAGGCCGAGAUCGAGCUCAAGCACGCGCGCGCGAACCCGGCCUUCCCUACCUCCCUGGCCAACAUCGCCAACCAUACCUCCAUCGACACCGGUAUUCGCCAGGCCGCCCUGAGCGCGCUCCGCCUUUUCAUCGAGAGGAACUGGAGCCCCGAGGACAGGGACGCCGCCGAGCCUCCUGUAGAGAUCUCCGACGCCGCGCGCGACCAGCUGCGCAACACCCUGCUCGAGAUUGCGCUGAGCAACGAGGACAAGAGACUGGUCAAGAUUGCGGCAAGCUAUGCUAUUGGCAAGAUCGCGUCAGCCGACUUCCCCGAACGAUGGCCUCAACUCCUCCCCACCGUCCUGGGCGUCAUCCCCACGAGCACCGAUACCCAGCUUCACGGCGCCCUGCGCGUCCUCGGCGACAUCAUCGACGAGAGCCUCAGCGAGGACCAAUUCUUCACCAUGGCCCGUGACAUUGUCAAGGCCGUGACCGAGGUCGCUCUGAACGAGGGUCGCAAACCCAACCUCCGCGCCCUCGCCAUCUCCGUCUUCCGCUCCUGCUUCGACCUCAUGGAUAUUGUCAAGGAGGAUCACAUGAAGGAGGUCAAGGCCUUCGCCGAGGACGCCCUGAAGGACUGGUACCCCUUCUUCGCCCAGGUUCUCAAGACCCGUCUGCCCGACGCCCCGAACGAGCUCGCCAGCGGCCAGCCCGAGAGCUGGAACCACAUUAUCGCCAUGAAGUUGCAAGUCGUCAAGACCCUACUCAAGGUCAAGUCCGUCUUUCCCAACCUGCUGCUGCCGCACAGCACCAGCCUCUUCACUGCCGUCUGGGAGGAGCUCUCUUUGCUCCAGAAGCCUCACGAGGACCUCUACAUAGGACACGAGGCCCAGGGCCGGCUCGAGGACUCUGACAGCCUGCCUUACACCCUGGAUUUCUUGAUCUUGGAGGAGCUCGACUUUUUGAACCAAUGCUUCCGUGCUCCCCCUGUCCAGGCAGAGCUCGAGGCUCAGCUGGCCGCCCACGCGUCGGCUCAGGAGACACCUUGGAUGGUCGAGGUUAUGAAGAUGGUUGUUGGGUACUCUCGCAUCAGCCGCGAGGAGGAAGAGCUGUGGGACAUCGACUGCUCUCUGUACCUGGCUGAAGAGACCUCCGUAACGGCCAACUACACCGCCCGCACCGCUUCCGGCGACUUGCUCAUUAAGCUUGGAGAAUGGUAUAGCGAGAAGGCCGUCGACGGUCUCUUCGGCUACACCAAGACCCUCUUCCCCGGCGACGGUUCCUCGUGGAGAAGUCAGGAGGCCUCUCUCUACCUGUUUAACAUGCUCCUGAGCGACUUCCAGGAUAUGGAGAAGCCCAUCCCUGAAGCCGUUUCCUCGGCCUACCUCGGCCUUGUUGACUUCGCUGUCAACCAAUCCGAGCAGCCUCUCCUGAGAGCUCGUGGAUACCUUGUCGGAGGCACCCUUGCCAGAGGCUUCGCGACGCCCCCCGCCCUCCUCGACCGCAUCAUUCAGUGCAUCACUUCCGAGGAGUCCGAGGUUGUCCAGGUGGCCUGCAUCAAGGCUGUUGAGGGCUUCGUUCGCUCUGGCCGAGUGACCGCCGACCGCCAGGUCCCCAUCAUCAACGCCAUUGCUCAGUACAUGCAGAACAAGGACCCCGAGGAGAUGGAGGACGCUGAUGAGCUUCUCGUCACUCUUGCCGAGUCUCUGCGCUCCGCGAUCAACAUCGACACCAGAAUCGCCCUGUCCCAGGACGUCCCAUCCGUCGACCUCCUUUUCAUGGUUGCCAAGCUUGGCGCCUCCAACUUCCAGGCUACCAUGCUCAUCUGCGAAGCUUUCGAGGAGAUUGUUCGCGCACUCUCCGACACCGCCUCUUACACUGCGCUGUGUGCCAAGAUUCUUCCUACUUUGACCGCGGCUUUUAACACUGCCAACGUUACUCAGGAUGACCCUCUUGUCACGGUUGCCACCGAACUCCUUACCGCCCUGGUCGAGCACGGCUCUGAGCCCCUCCCCCCCGGAUUUGUUGCAGCAACUCUCCCCAAGCUGAACCGUCUCCUCAUGGAGUCUAACGAGGGAGAGGUCCUUCGCCCCGGUGCCGAGUCCGUCAAGUACCUCCUUAUGCACGACCACCACCAGGUCUUUGGCUGGCACGACGAGAGCGGCCGCUCCGGCCUGGAGGUCUGCCUUCACAUCAUCGACCGUCUUCUAGGUCCCUCCAUCGAGGACAACUCUGCUUCCGAGGUCGGUGGACUCGCGGCAGAGCUCGUCGAGAAGGCCGGCCAGGAGCGUUUGGGCCCUUUCCUGCCUCAGCUCCUCCAGGCCGUCGCUACAAGACUGGCUUCCGCCGAGGCCGCUCCUUUCAUCCAAUCUUUGAUUCUUGUCUUUGCGCGCCUGUCUCUUGUUGGCGCCCACGAUGUCGUUGAGUUCCUCAGCCAAAUCCAGAUCCACGGAAACACCGGUCUCCAAGUCGUGCUGAGCAAAUGGCUUGAGAACUCCGUGAGCUUUGCCGGAUACGAUGAGAUUCGUCAGAACGUCAUCGCUCUCUCCAAGCUCUACUCCUUGAACGACCCGCGUCUUGCCCAGACAAUGGUGAAGGGUGACCUUGUCAUGAACAACAACAAUGACGGUAGAAUCAUGACGCGCUCACGCGCCAAGGCCAGUGAGUACUACGCAUCACACCCGCCAUUAUCAGAUACUGACUCUCAAGACCCCGAUCAAUACACCGUUAUUCCCGCCUCCCUCAAGAUUCUCAAGGUUCUCAUCGAAGAGCUCCUCUCCGCAUCAGGUGCCAACGCAGCUGCCAACGCCGCAGCGGUCGCCGCGGCCGCCGAGUUCGCUGAUGAGGAGAACGACGACGACGGCUGGGAGGACGAGCCCGAGACCCUCGACCUUAGCUUGGGCGGUGUAAGGGAGGACCUCAUGUCCUUCAUCGAGGGUUCUGGUGCCCGCCAGCGCGACGACGAGACUCAGGCAUAUCUGACCGAGUUCUUCCUCCGUGCGGCACGCGAGAACGUGGCCAACUUCCAGGAGUGGUACGGCAUGCUCACCGAAGAAGAGCGCGGAAAGCUCAACGAGCUAGCCAAUGCUGCGGGCCAGUAG